CUAGAAACUUGUUGGGUUUGAGGGUAUGUGCGGCGGUGGUGCUCAAAAAUGGCCGGAAAAGUUGCCAAAGGAACGAAUCGAAUCGAAAAUGAUAUCUUCAAAUGCCGCGAUGAGGCCAACUGGCGGAAAAUACAGGAUCUCGCCGAACAACUUCAGCAGCGCGGUGGGGGGCCAGCUUCAGAGGUUAUGGCAAGCUUCUUCAUCGGCGAGAGCAAGCUCGAACAGUUCCUCGAAGAGCAUCCCCCCACAGAAGUCAACAUCCCGAAGGCCAAGACGGGACUGACAGAAGCCAAGCGUUACCUUCAGCACUGCUUCACGGAGCAUGGAGCAAAGGCUGGCAUUACGACGGACGGGCAUUUUCUGCUAGCCAAGCUGCUGUACGCCCAGGGGUUCUACGAGGAGGCCCUGACGCAUCUGGACAGCGGUGGCAUCGACCGCCUGGACGAGAAGUCCCUGUCAAACCGCAUUCUUAAGAUUCUCGCCGAGUCCUUCGCCAUCAAGGGGCUGUGCUUGGAGAAGGUGCCCCUGAAGUCUACGAGCAGGACUCGGGCAGCCAACCGGGAUGACCAGAUCGCCGGAUAUUUUGUGCAGGCCAGUGACCUGGCACUCAAGUACCUUCAGGAGGUCGAAAAAGCCCAGGGGACAAUUGGCGGGGUCCUCCCAAUGGCGACCACCGCGGGGGCGCAGGCUGCCGUGGCCUCCUCCUCCUCUCCCCUGCCCCCCAACACCGAGUACCGCAUUGGCGCCGUGCUUGAGACGGUGCUUCAGAGGGCGCCCCUCCUCAUGAUCAAGAGCGGGAAGCUGCGGCAAGCCAUCGACCAGUACCGCAACGUCCUGCGUGCCGAAGAGACGAGCUCCACCCAGUCCCUGCGUCAGACGAUGUCGCGGCAAUUGGCCGAGGUGCUCCUGCGAGGUCUCUCGGAGAGCGUCUACAACGACUACGAGCCGCGCAUUGAGACCAAGAAACAAGGGAAGCACUGGAGGCCUAACAAGUACACCGGGCAGUCCCUGUUCAUGCCCAAGACCGAGUACGAAGAAGUCCUGCUGCUGCUCUUCAUCAGCGAGUCCAUGGCCGUGCGGAAUGCGGUGCUUGACCGCUCUCCGGAGUUCCUGGACGCGCGUAUCCACUCGUACAACAACGUGACGGCCGUCUACGACCUCCUGGCCAUCAUCCUGUCUCGGCUCGGCCAGUUCCAGAUCCUGUGCGAGUCGUUUGAGCGAGCCAUGAAGUUUGCGUUCGAGGAGUACCACGUGUGGAUGCAGUUCUCAUUGGCACUCUUGUCUUCCGGCAAGUUCUCCAGGGCCUGCCUGAUGCUGAAGGAGUGUGCACGUCUUCAGCCACACAACAGCUUCCCCUGCCUGCUGGCUGCCAAGGUGUGCCUGGAGCACUUGGGUAGCGUGGAGGAAGGGGUGGAGUUUGCGGAAGAGGCCCUGAGCAGGGAAAAGCAGCACUCCCAGAGCCUGCUGGCACAGUGCCACCUGGUGCUGGGCGUGGGACACGCCCUGAUGGCCGACCAGCGCCGGCCGCAGAGCAGGCGGGCAGAGCACAAGGCCACCGCCUUCCAGUGCUUCCUCAGGGCACAGAGCGCAGACCCCUACUACCACCUGCCCGAGUUCCACCUAGCUCUGCAUUAUGCCGAGGUCCGACAGCUGAGCAACGCAGUGCUGCACGCCAAGCGUGCCCUGGAGCUGAACCCCGAGCACCUGCCGUCCCUGCACCUGCUGGUGCUGCUGUUGUCGGCGCAGAAGCAGCACUCCGAGGCGCUGCAGCUCGUCACGGCUACCCUGGAGGAAUACCCAGACUGCCUCAACCUGAUGUACACCAAAGCCCACCUCGAAGACUAUUGCCUCGGGCCCGAGGAAGCGCUCUUGACCAGCAAGCAGAUGCUACUCCAGUGGAAGGCCUACUACGAAGCUGAGCUGAAGAGCGAUUUUGCUCACACAGGGCUGCAGAGGGUGACGAGCUGCAACCGCGGUUCCUUCCACGUUCGGUCGGCAGACUUCUCCGAUCGGGAAUCCGGCCACUCGAUAGCGGCGGCAGCCCGCGUGGAACAGGCGCUGUCCGAGGCCCUGUCCCCGGGGGGCACGGGGGCCGUCGUGGGGGCGGGCCACCAUGGCGGGGGAGGCACGGAGGCCGGGCGGAACAGGCGGGGCCCCCAGGCCCUGUGGCUGCUUCAGCUGCAGGUGUGGCUUCUCAUAGCUGAGCUGUACCUCAAGAUGGAGCAGCUUUCCGAAGCCGAGGCCUGCAUCCUGGAGGCCUCCAACAUCUACCCGCUCUCGCACCAGCUCAUGGUCCUGAAGGGGCUUCUUCACGAGAAGCGCAAGGAGUACCUGGACGCCAAGCAGUGCUUCCAGAACGCAGUCUCCAUCAACCCGUUGCAUGUAACGGCACUCCAGCACCUUGGCUUGGUGUACCACUACCUGGGCAGCAGCCAGCUGGCCGAGAAAACCCUGAGGGAUGCCGUUGCCAUCGAUCCCAUGUGUCACCAGUCCUGGUUCAACAUGGGCAAGGUGCUUCAGGAAACGGGCGACUUUGACUCCGCCACGGACUGUCUCAACACUGCCAUCCAGCUGGAAAUGACCACGCCUAUACUACCUUUCUCCGUGGUCCCUCACUCCCUGGAGUAAACUUUCCUUUUCCUGUAGGCACUCCUGGGGAGCGACCAGUUGCUAACAGCGACUCGUUAGAAUAAAUACAUAUUUCUAGGGGGAAACUAUUCCCCUGGGUAGCGUGGAGGAAACUCCCUUAGGGCGAGUGACUCUCUCAGCAGAGCAGAAAUAUUUCCGAGGGAAAAUUACUCCCUUUGACAGCUGCAAGGAUAUUAUAGGGAGAAACCUACUCCUUCAUGAGGUAUGGAGCAAAUUAACUCCAUUACGGAGUUGAUUCCCUCAGCAGAGUGGGAAUAUAUUCGGAGGCAAACUACUCCCUUUGACAGCCGUGAAGAGGCAGCAAGUGGACUACACAUUGGGGAGUAGAACUCUGCCUCAGAGUAUACUAGCUCCCACGGGGAGCAACUACUUCGGUCGGAAUUUCUCGCCACACUGCUAGACUGGACAGCCAUGCAAGAACUUCGAGGAGUUACUCCUGCCUUGGGUUAAGGUACUGCCAAAACAGUGCAAUCCGUUAGAUUACACUCCUACUCCCUUGGGGGAGUAUUAGAUUGUGCUGUUUCCCUCGGGGAAGUAAUAGUUUGUGCUGAUGUGGGAAUGGCUUAGUUUGUGGAAUCUGGGGAGCAGUUGGCUGAAUUUCCUUGGGAAGAAACCACUUGAUGAAGCACUCUACCUGGAGUGUAGUCUAGGUGCUGCCCCAGCAGACCACUCCUCAUUGGAAAUAUUUCUUUCAACUUGUUACUGUUGCCGGGUGCAGUCACUCUUAGGGAAAGGGUCCUAGAACUGGAGGCAAUGUCGGUUGCAACUCCCUGAAUUUCAUCGCCUUUUAGGAGUGCUCCACCCCCUGGGGCUAGUACCAUGUACAGUAUGUGCCUCUGUUAAUUACAAUACUGCAACAGAGCUUUGUGUAUAUGUGAUAUGCAUGUGGCAUUAUCGUUAAGGUUAUGAAGCUGUAAAAAAAAAAAAGAUUGUAAAAGAACUAUAUAUUGUAAUAGAAAGGCCACUUGUUCCAACAUCAAGAGCAGCGAACUAGUGCUAAACCGCUUUCGAUGAAAUGUAAGUCUCACACAUCACGACACAGCGAAGGGUCUCUCGCAAAAUAAAGAACUAUAUUUGUUUUCAA